UCUACACAGUCCAAGACAUGCAUUGCAUAUAACAUGAAAGGACUAGGCCUCCACUACCCACCCCAAUCCUGUCCCUUCUGUAACAUCGCUUCUGCAUUCCCUUUUCCCUCAUCCUCAUCCUCCUCAACCUCUCCCGCUCCAUCUUCGGAGUCAGGUUUAUUAGAAUGUGUCCCUUCAGAUAAAGCUUCAGAUCCAGAAAAAACAGAUCCGAAUUCAUUCGUGGUGCUGAGUUCGAGGAAUGUAACGGCUUUCCUAGAUAUUUUGCCGAUGACAGAAGGCCAUUUGUUGGUUGCGACGAGGGGGCAUCGGGUUAAGGUUGCAGAUAUGGAGGGUAGUGAGGGGAGAGAGAUCGGAUUCUGGUUGCCGGUCCUAGCGAGAGUUGUAGCUCAGGUGACGGGAGUGGAGGAUUAUAAUAUUGUGCAAAAUAAUGGAGCUAGAGCAGCACAAGUCGUACCACACGUCCAUUUCCACAUUAUACCCCGACCAGAAACGAUGCCACAGAUCAAGAGCAAGAGCUGGGCAAUGUUCGGUCGGGGACAGCGAGAUGAACUGGAUGACGAGGACGGAGUGCGGUUAGCUGGAGAAAUGAGGAGGGUGCUAAGAGAGGAGGUGAAGAGGAUGAAAGCUGCCUCGAAGCUGUAA